AUGGUGAAGUUUGACCGCUGGCAGAAGAAUCCACGUCAGCUGAAAGCUCCAAAUUUGUUGGCACAGGACUUCCAGGAGCUGAUUGCGGUGGAGAGGAGGGACGAACUUCGAAACAAAGAGACAUCAGAGGAGUGGAAACAGAAACACGGAGAGAAGAAGAAGGAAGAAAUGAAGGACAAAAAAGAGGUGAAAAUGUGCUUUUCUCGCUGA